CUAGUUUUAAGCGCGGCUGGAAACCCAAAUUCUCUCACACACACAUCAUUCGUUAUGCUGCUCCUCUUCGAAACGCCGGCCGGGUUUGCUCUCUUCAAAGUCCUCGAUGAAAGAAAGGUUUCCAAAAUCGAGGAUUUGGGGAAGGAGUUCUCAUCCCCUGACUCUGCUCGACAGAUUGUCAAGCUAAAAGCUUUUUCGAAGUUCGAGAACACGUCCGAGGCUUUAUCAGCUGCUACACUAUUGAUUGAUAGUAAGCCCAGCAAAGGUCUUCGCAAGUUCUUGCGUAGCCACUGCGACGAUGACGUUUUAGCUGUAGCCGAUUCCAAGCUUGGGAACAUAAUCAAAGAGAAGCUGCAAAUUGAAUGCGUUCACAACAAUGCUGUCAUGGAACUGAUGAGAGGAGUGAGAAGUCAACUCACUGAACUUAUAUCCGGUUUAGCUACACAGGAUUUAGCUCCAAUGAGCCUCGGUUUAUCUCACAGCUUAUCGAGAUACAAAUUGAAAUUCAGUCCUGAUAAGGUUGAUACGAUGAUAAUACAAGCCAUUAGUUUGUUGGAUGACCUCGAUAAAGAGUUGAAUACGUAUGCAAUGAGGGUUAGGGAAUGGUACGGUUGGCAUUUUCCAGAACUUGCGAAGAUCAUUGCAGACAAUAUCCAGUAUGCAAAGACAGUGAAGCUGAUGGGUAAUCGAACAAAUGCUGCCACACUUGAUUUCUCUGAGAUACUUCAAGAGGAGGUUGAAGCAGAACUGAAAGAAGCAUCCAAUAUUUCCAUGGGAACUGAAGUUAGUGACAUGGAUUUGGACAACAUUAAAGAUCUAUGCAACCAAGUUAUUUCUCUUGCAGAAUACAGGGCUCAAUUGUUCGACUAUUUGAAGAGCAGGAUGAACUCCAUUGCCCCAAAUCUCACUGCCCUUGUUGGAGAAUUGGUUGGUGCUCGAUUGAUUGCACAUGGAGGCAGCUUAAUCAAUCUUGCUAAGCAACCUGGAAGUACUGUUCAGAUACUCGGUGCAGAGAAGGCCCUUUUUAGAGCAUUGAAGACAAAGCAUGCAACUCCUAAAUACGGGCUUAUAUAUCAUGCUUCUUUAAUCGGUCAAGCUGCACCCAAGCACAAGGGUAAAAUUUCACGAUCCCUCGCUGCAAAAGCCGCUUUGGCAAUUCGAUGCGAUGCUCUUGGAGAAGGCGAAGACAACUCUAUGGGUUUGGAGAGUAGACUUAAGCUUGAAGCCCGACUGAGGAACUUAGAAGGGAAAGAAUUGGGGCGUUCGGCUGGUUCUGCUAAGGGCAAACCAAAGAUUGAAUUUUACGACAAGGACCGAAAGAAAGGAUCAGGUGGAAUGAUUACUCCAGCAAAGACAUACAAUCCUGCAGCCGAUUCGAUUCUAGGACUGACAGAAUCCUUGUCCAAUAACGACAAGGACGAACCUGUUACGACCGAAGUGAAAAAGAGUAAGAAAAAGAAGAGGGAUGAUGAUGCUCCGAAAGAAGCGGAACCCGAAAGUGAAGAAGCAGUCGGAAAGAAGGAAAAGAAGAAGAAGAGAAAGCAGGCAGAGGCAGAGUUGACGAAUGAACAAGAAAAUGCUGACUCAGCGGAGAAGAAGAAAAAGAAGAGAAAGCACGCCGAGCCAGAAGAAGUUGUUGACACCCCCCAAAGCAAAAAGAAGGAGAAGAAGAAGAGGAAAGUUUGAAGAUUGAACAUUUCUAGAGUAAGAAGGUUUAAAGUUUUGUUUAUUGAGCACGAAGUGGGCCCCAUGUAGGUUAGGAUUUAUUGAUGUUCUAUAUGUUUAAUAUGUUCUUUAGCGAUUCUCUAGAAGAUAUUAUGUUUAGCAAGUGUUUUAUUAACUUAAUGAUUUCGAUAACCUAGUUUUUUGUUUUGUUGGACAAGUGACAUGCGAGUAUUUUUAUAUCUGAAGUUCACAUAUUUAUCGCUC